AUGGGGUUUACACCAGUAAAUGGUCCAUUGGCGGCGGGGAAUGGGGGGAACGGUAGCGCGGGGCUCAACCAAACACGACCACGUAAACCUGCGCGGUUUGCGGUGCUGUCUGAAGUCGGUCCGCCCCUCAAACCCCAACCGGAGAGCCCCACAGCGGACCCGGAAGCCGUUACGGCAGGCGCACCUGAAGUCGUGGUGCCCGAAAAGAAAAAGUCUCGACCGACCAACCGUUUCAAGACCCCUCUGUACAGUGAGCUGCAAAAAAAGCAUGCUACGAACCUUGGAUCUCGUACACACCUCGCAAACGUAAGAUCUGCACCAGAGGUGCAAGCCACAGAUGCCGAUAUGGUGGACUUUGCAGCGUUUCUGUCCACUAUUGAACCAAUCGGUAAGAGCCAUGGUAUCGUGAAAGUGGCUUUACCGCCAGAUUAUUUUUCCAAGCCAUCCACGAUAGAUUGGAAUUCCAUUCCGUUUCGAUCCCAACGCCAGGCUAUCAAUAUUCCACCGGAGGUUGAUACUGAACUUGGAGAAAAGUACGUUAAUGCACUGAGGCAUUUUCACUCUAGACAGCAAAAGCCACAGGAGGUCCCCGCUCUGGCUACUUCUCGUCACGCCGUGGAUCUUUACGCAUUUCAUUUCGCAGUGAUUUCCAGAGGAGGUUUCAUAACAGUGGGCCGCACCCAAACGUGGCCGUUCGUGUGGGAUGAGCUAGGGGUCGGUGGAAACUAUCCAAAAUUGUUUCAUCAACGGCUAAAAUUGUUUUAUCGGCGGUACAUCGCCCCAUUCGACGACUUUCUCAAAGAGAACGGAGUGCCUAUACAAGACCUACAAAAUCCACUUGUUUACGGGUUGAAUGACCCCGACCCUGCGUUCACUUUACCAUUUGAUAUAACGAUAUCAAAAUUGAGUCCUGCAGUCAACCAUGCAACCUACUGUAGCCAAAAGUCGUCAGCAACGCUUUUGCGGGGUCUUCUGAGCCAUCCUGCGCGGCAUCGUCAAGGAACCUCCGCAAUUGACUUGAAUGAGACAACUUUUUGGAAUACUAUGGGAUCCAGUACUGCGAUCACUCACAAAGCUCUAAUGGCCCAAGACCCUAGAACCCUCCCCAGGUUAAUGCAGCAGGACGGAACACCCAACGACGACAAAACACUUCUUUUGCAUGAUAUUACAUAUUCUCCUUGGUGUUUGUACUCUUAUAUCAAUGAAGAUAUUGAAGACGAUCCCCCCACGGCUGAAGUCGGAUCUAUUUUUUCAUCAACUCCCUGGCUGUUCUCAGGGCAUACCACCAAGAUUUCCUUGGUACAUGAUGGGGGCCCUAGAACUUGGUAUUGUGUACCUAGCGAGUUUCGUGUGAAAGCCGGAUCUUUGCUUCUUAGCAACGCGAUGGAUCCUCAGCGUUUGGGCUCUCAAGUGCCCGUUUAUGCCGCCGACCAGAGCCGCGGUGAGCUUGUAUUUAUUUUCCCCAAUGCACUGUUUAUGAAUUUCGAUCACGGAUAUAACAUUGUUGAAUCAUCUAGCUUUUGGCCGGUAUGGCAAGGCCUAUCUUCUUUGCCGCGAGCAACUAUUUGCGUUGAACACCUGCUGUAUAAUUUGGCACGCUCUAAUCCCUCGCAGGAGCUCUUGAACGCAGUCCGUCAAGAUAUCAAGGACACUUGGCAAAAGCUUUCAGAAGAACUGGUAUAUGUAAAAAGCAGCGGUCUUUCCGUUCAUCGCCACAAUGGCUUGCUAACCGCGACUCUCAACUCGGGAGAACUCCGUCAUUUGUUAUGGAUUGAAGUCGAUGGAACAGCAUACGAUUUGAAAGACUAUCAGCGUCUGAAUUUAGAGAAUGGUCUCGUUGUGGCUCAUUCAGACCUCGAAGGAGUUCUUGGCAUGUUUUCAAGUGUAUUAACUGAGCCCGACUAUGGAGUGCUCACAUACCUGAAGGACAAUUGGCAGAUUGGGGAAUUUGCGGCGGCAACCAUCAACUCUAUUCAGUCACUCCGUGGGGUUGCAGCGUUGUUGAGCAAGAAGUACCCCCAAGGAGCAGACUGGUUGGCGACUAUGGCGUGGACAAAUGGCGAGCAAGCCAGAGAGAUAGCGGAAAGGCACCUGCUGCCAAUGCCUCCCUACCCGGAAGCCGACAGUCGCGUAGUGUCGGUAAUAAGAAGCACCCGGGUGGUUGUUGAAGGUCUGCAAAGUCUCAUGAAGAGUCUUGAGAUAUCGAGCAUUACUCUGCCUGCUGCCGUGGAAGAGGCAGAAAAUCUCUGGAAACAGGCGCAGAGCCUAGGCGUCUCUGUGCAGGAGAUGAAGUCUGUGGCCACAAUUUUGACAAGUUUGAUCGCACUGCUAAAGUGGAUAAACCGCUGUUCAGCUCUGAAUCUGGAUAACCAGACCCAGAUAACCGCGGAAGAUCUUCAACGAGCGAUUGAUCUUGUCAACACUGUUCCUGACCAGCAAAUAUUGGGCACAACAAGGGGAAAGCGGCUCCAGCAUAUUGUUCAGGCGAAUUUGAUAGUCUCGAACUGGGUGAUACCUUUCAAGACGGCUAAUGGCAAUGUCGACAAGUUUGUGCGAUCAGAACUGGACUAUGUGCGGCGCCUCAUACAGGCCGUUCCUCUAACCAACGAUACCAGAAACAUGGCCAACGGCAUUUUGCUGGCUUCGGAUCUUGUACUCCAGACCAUCAACCCCCAGCCUAGACUCCGCCCCCGCAUUUCGCAUGUACGUCCCUUGGCGCAUUUUUCUGCAUUGUUGACUGACGCAGUGGCAGCAUACGACAAUCUCCAGCGUCAAUACCCGCCUAUCCCACAACUGUUAAACGAUUUGAUGAACAACCCUGCCAUAACUGGCCAGAUCAGCCAAAAUUUCGUGCCCUUUUUGAGUCUGAGGGUUGUGCCCGAUGAUAUCGAGCGCAUGAUAUCCGUGGUGUCGUUUAGUCAACCCCCACCCCAGGCAUGGUCUGUUCCUGCAUUCGGCGUACCGCAGUUUACGCAGCCCAUGAACACCCCUUCAGCUAUCAUACAACCCCCCAUGUUCCUUACCAGAAUCAACCGCAAACUGUAG